AUGCAUCUUCUUCAAGUCCUUCCAUUCGUUGGGGCUGCCGCCGCAAGUUAUAUUCCAUGCAAUGACGCGGACGGGCUGGAUUCUGGUGGGGGAUCUAAGAUUCCUCUCUCCCAGGGCUGUUCGAACGCAAAUAUUGUUGAUGGUGAUUGGCUCACAGUUCAAUGUGAUGUGGGUGCAAAACUUGGCACUUUUGGUAUUCACCUGAACGAUUGUCUCGGUAAUCAAAAUGGCGAACUCGUAAUCCAAGAAAACGGCACUUGGCUCGAGACUUUCGGUAAAUUGGGAAGUCAUGGAACUGAUAUUACUAAAAGAGACGACGAGGAUACCAAGGAAAAAUACUCCAAGUUCUGCGAUUCGACCAAUUUUAACAAGGCUCAAUGGGAUGAAGCUGAUUUGGGAACCGAGCUCGUAGCCCAGUAA